UCUGAGCCUGGCCUUAGGUGAAUUGGCCCGGAAACAGGCCCAUUCUGCCCAAGUUGCAGAUCUAGGCCGGUAGGCCCUCACGGCCUUACUGCCGGCCGGGCCAAGGUCUUUUGUCUCCUCAGGCUCAAAGCUGUGCCAAAGACCCCGCUCCCUCCCUCUCUCCCUCUUUCCUCGCUUUAUCGACUCUCUUUCCCGCUUCCUCUUCUGUUACUUCUCGUCUCCCUCCUUCCCGGUCUCCAGCCAGUUUUCAUUCCAUUAAAGUAUAUAUUUUAUACAGGCGUCGCCGGAGAAAUUAAAGGUUAAAGAUAUAUACAAAAGAAGGUGUAUAUCUAAGAAUAUGAAAAUGAGACUCCUCUCAUCUUCUCCCCCUUGAAACCCAAACCCUUAUUUUCCUGAUUCAUCUCUUUGAUUCUUCUUGCUGGGCAGUUUAGUUUAGGGUUUCAGUCCUGUUCGAUUGCACAUGCGGUGAAGUUUCGUGGGUGAUUUGAUUAUUUUUAGCCUUGUUAGAUUGAUCUGUGUUUUGGUGCUUCUGAAAUUCAGUCGCUUGUAAGCUGAGAGAAAUGUCGAGGCCCCAGGUGACGAUAACCCUGGGGCGUAGUGGUCAGGUCGUCAAGAGACCAGGAUCCGUACCAGACAAUACUCGUUCUGAUUAUGUGCCGUCGUCUGGGAGUAAGAGAUCCAUUAGAGAGAGAUUAGGGAGUAAUGUUGACAGCCCAAUGCUGUAUGGGAGCCAAUCCAAAAACAAAAGGCAGAGGAAUGAGAAUAAUAAAUGGAGUCCAACUACUGAUGAUAUGGCUGGUGCCCGGGUCAGUAGAGAUGACCUUCGGUUCAAACUCAUGCAAAAGAAUAUGUCUAGGCGACCUAGGAGUGGUAGUGAUGAACGAAACAUGGACCUCCGUGAAAGGCUGUCAAAAACAUCCCAAUAUGCAAUGGCAGUUGAUUCUCAAUAUGGCAUGCCAGAACCAAAGCCUACUAACCCCUUGAGGCGAAUUCCACCCACAAGGAGUGCAGAUGAUUUGCUCCAUAUGGGCUCAUUGAGGAAAUCUUAUUCUUCAUGGACACUGGAUGGAUUGAGACGUAGAUCCCCAGAUAGGAUUUUAGGCACCUCUAGGGGUCUGUCUCCUCCGGUUCCUAUGGAUGGGCUGCGGCAAGUUCCAUCUGUUAGGCCUAUUGAUGCUUCAAGAUCCUCCACUUAUGUGAGCAAGGAUAUUCUUGACAGUAGGUCUAUGGGCCGUGGACCUUUGAUGGCAAAGCCUAAUUUACCUCUUGAUGCUACAAAGCCAGUUGCACGGCUCCCUCCACCAAAUGGCAUAAUGCAGAAGAGUUCAUACACGGGGGAGGAACCACUUACUGUUGCUAGCCUGUUGCAUUCCCUGGGUCUAGGGAAAUAUGCCAUUAUCUUUCAAGCUGAGGAAGUGGACAUGACUGCACUGAAGCAGAUGGGAGACAAUGACCUCAAGGAGCUGGGUAUACCAAUGAGGACAAUUCUUACCAAGAACGAUUUAUGGUUGCUACUUUCUUUUGGUUUGGUCGUUGUAGAAUUUACCUGAAAGUUGUAUUUUACAAAGUCAGCAGUUAAGGGUCCAAGGAAGAAGAUUCUCCUUUCUGUAUUGCCUCGUACUAAACGACAACCAUGAAAGUUGACAACAAAUUUGGAUGGCAAUAGAGAAGCUGUAGCUUGUGGAUGUAUGAUGGGAACCCCAUUUUUAAGAAUCAUGUAAAUCAGAUUAAUCAUUAAUCCCUUGUUAUCUCUUUCUGAUAUUUAGGUUUAAGGUAGCCCAUGAGUCUUGAAAAUUGAAAUAUAGAAUCUUAGAAUUCCUUUCUA